UAUUGGAAUUAGAUAUUGUAUCACAAAUUCUAAGUUCUUAACCAAAAUUUUCGUGUACACUGUCUCACGUCCAUUAAUUCUUAUUAUUUUAGUACACUUAUGCAAAUCCGAGAGAUUGUACGAUUAAAUGAACUAAAAAAGAGAAUAAGGACACGCAUAGUUUGUACUUCGUACAAUGAAAAUAAACUGUGACAACUAUUUAUACAAGCGUAUUUAGAUGCAAUACUGAUAAAAUAUACUAUAAUUCAGUGUUUGAGAAUACCAACUAAAUAUAGACUCGUUAAGUAAAUAUAUGAUGAAUAUAUGAAAACGAAUAAGGAUCUAAAUCAGAAUUAUGGCAUCUGCAGCUGAACAGCAGCAACAGCAACAGCAACAGCAGCAGACUACACUAGAAUUUUAUAAAGCCAUGGCUGACUUCAAGAAUAUGUUUCCUCAGAUGGACGACGAUGUCAUCGAGGCUGUUUUACGAUCAAAUCAGGGAGCUGUUGACACAACUAUUGAUCAGCUUUUGUCAAUGAGUAUUGAUAAUGAAAAUGAAAAAAUUCGGAGUGAGAUAGAAGAAAAUGAAGCUCCAAAAUUUGGAAAAAUUACAAAAAAAUUAAAAACUAAUAUAAGUAGUAGCAUUAAAAAAUGGCAGCCUCUUCUACUCGGACCUUUACCUGAUUCAUUUUUACGAAUUUCUAAUCAAGGUGAUACAGAUAAUUUAGAUUACAAUUUAAUUCAUGAUACUUGUUUAUUAGAGGAUGAAAGGAUUGCUAUGUUUUUACAAAAUGAAGAGUUUAUGGCUGAACUUCGGUGGAAUGAAGAUUUUUUAUCAACUCUAGAAAAUGAUACAAAAUUACAAAGUAAAUAUGAAACUGCUUCUGAAGAAGAUUUAUUCAGAGAAAGACUAAGAAAUAUGGGCAAAGCAUCCAGGCGUAAAUUUGCCCAACUAACAAAAGUUUUUACUAGAAGUAGAAAGCGAAGUGGACGCCAAUUAUUGCCACCAACAACUUCUUGCAAUGAUUUAUUAAAUUCUGAAGAAUCAUCUAGGACUCGUAUCUAAUAUCAUAACAUGAAAAUAGAUAUAAUUUAGUAGAAUGAUAUGAAUUGAUAUAAUUGUCACAUACAAUGAUGUGAAUCUCAAACUAUUUUUUAAGCUACAAGAAAUUAUCUCUAAACAUGAUAUUUGUUAAUAAGUAUAAUAGCUUAUAUUAUACA